AUGAACCACUCCAGAUGGACUGAAUGGAGGACUCUGAACAUGAGCAGUAGCAUUGUGAAUGUGUCUGAGCAUCUCUCUUGUCCGCUAGGAUUUGGCCACUACAAUGCAGUGGACAUCUGCAUCCUUGAGACAAUCGUUAUUGUUUUGCUAACAUUUUUAAUUAUUGCUGGUAAUUUAACUGUAAUAUUUGUCUUUCACUGUGCUCCACUUUUACAUCAUUAUACCACCAGCUAUUUUAUUCAGACCAUGGCCUAUGCUGAUCUUUUUGUUGGAGUUAGCUGCCUGGUUCCUACAUUAUCAUUGCUUCACUACUCUACAGGUGUCCAUGAGUCCUUGACUUGUCAGGUUUUUGGAUAUAUCAUCUCUGUGCUGAAGAGUGUCUCCAUGGCAUGUCUUGCUUGCAUCAGUGUUGACCGCUAUCUUGCUAUUACAAAACCUCUCUCCUAUAAUCAACUGGUCACACCUUGUCGCUUGAGAAUCUGUAUCAUUUUGAUCUGGAUAUACUCUUGUCUGAUCUUCUUACCUUCCUUUUUUGGUUGGGGAAAACCUGGUUACCAUGGUGAUAUUUUUGAAUGGUGUGCUAUCUCCUGGCUCACCAAUGCUUAUUUUACUGGCUUUAUUGUGUGCUUACUAUAUGCUCCAGCUGCUUUGGUAAUCUGCUUCACGUAUUUCCACAUCUUCAAAAUUUGCCGGCAGCACACCAAAGAGAUAAAUGACCGGAGAGCUCGUUUUCCUAGCCACGAAGUGGAUGCUGCUGGAGAGACUGGGCACAGCCCUGACCGCCGCUAUGCCAUGGUUUUAUUUCGGAUAACCAGUGUGUUUUACAUGCUUUGGCUCCCCUAUAUCAUAUACUUUCUGCUGGAGAGCUCUAGGGUGCUGGAUAAUCCAGCACUUUCCUUCUUAACAACAUGGCUUGCUAUAAGCAAUAGUUUCUGCAACUGUGUGAUAUAUAGCCUCUCCAACAGUGUUUUCAGACUGGGACUCCGGAGACUGUCAGAGACAAUAUGUUCAUCUUGUCUAUGUUUAAAAGACAAGGAUGUACGGGACCCCAAACCUAGAAAACGAGCUAAUUCCUGCUCCAUUUAAAGAAAACUGGGACAACUAAUGAAAUGCAAUCUGACAUUGGGUUUGGAUAGCAUUUGAUACAUCUGGAAAUUUGCCACAACAGAAAUAUUUACUUGAAUAGCUCCUAUGACAUGAGAUGUGGGUUUGGAAGUGAUUCUAAUAAAGGAAAAUGUUGCUAUUAAAGGGCACUGAAAGGGUACGCAAAUUAUUUUGAAUAUGGAUCUUGUGAAAUUGUGUGGUGGUAUGACAGAAAUUUAACAGAAGAUUUAAGAAAUCAAUAUCUCAUAUCUUCCGCAGGACAUGACAUAACAGGCAUUUCAAAGCAGGCCCCCCCCUUGGGAUAAAUUAGUGACUUAUUAAUUUUUUUUCCUUGUAGAGAAAUUGUCGUAUGUGGCAAGAUAUACAGUAGUCUCUCGCAUUAAAAUAAAUGUUUUUAAACACAGUGGGUGGCUCUUCAUAAAUAAUAUCAACAGAGGAUGCAUAAUAAGUGUUGGAAUUUAACAAUCAGCUGCCCAUAGACUUUGCUUGUGGUGUUUUGUACUAUUUUCAGUUGUACAAAUAUCCUCUAAACCCCUUCUCCCCCAUACAAAUUAAAGAAAUGGAUGGGUACACUUUUUGGAUAAAGUUUAAAGUUAGUUUUAUUUUUUGCAUUUCUGGUGCAGCUUCCACAAAGCCUGCUUCCCCCGACCCCCCCAUUGCCAUUUUUUACAUGCCGUGCACCCUGGGUUCCAUUAUUCAGAAGCGACUUAGUUAAUGAAGGAGCCUGUCAGAUAAAUAUAAUUUCAAAUAACUACUUCUUCAGAAAAUUCUGGCUAUUUUUACUAGCUUGAUAAUUGCACUCACCAUAUUCUAGUAAGUUUUACAAACUUUGUUCUCUGGAUCCUGCUGAAUUAGCACACAGUAUUGAUGUGGUGUCCUUUAGGAUGUACUAAAGCUUUUCCUUUAACGGUUACACAAAUAAUCCUAAUGCAAAUAUGAUAGCCACACACAGCAGUGUAACAUCACUGCUCAGUGAAUUUAAAAAAUUUUUUAAUGGAAAAUAACUUUUCUGUGGGGUCUGAAUAGCUUACUGUUGUAGCUGCCAAUCCUUUGUGUGAACCUAGCUUGCACAUAUUGUAUUUUUUUAAAAAAGAAAAUGUAAAGUAUGUGGUCUGUACCUAAUGUUUCAUAGCAUAUGGAGUAGGUCAAUUUUAAGUCUACAGGAUUUUAAAAAAGAAUUACUUGCUCUGAGAGAGACUUUUGUGCAGUUAUUAAAUAGAUAUUUAUUAGAGGAGGAGGUGGAGAGACAAUUUAGUAUAAAAUACAGAUAAGAGCCUCUGUAUUGCCUUUUGUAUUGCCUUUCAGGUUCACCGCUUAAAUAAAAUACUUUGCAAGGGCACUACUUGUGUAAUAAAUUGCCUGGGGUUCAGAUAUAGUAUGACAGGUACUGGAAUAUUUUAAUUAUUAUUUUUGACCCAAGGUGCAGAUGGUAGUUUGUUUUGUUUUUUAAAAAGGCCCAACUUUUGCUCCUCUUAACAGCUGUGCUAUAGUUCCUUAUUUUACCAAAAUGCAUAUAAUGAAAUUGUGCCUAUGACUUUUCAUAACAGAAGUCAACCCUCUUUGCACACCAGUGAUUUGACUACAGUAAUCCCUUUAAAAAUAAAAAUGUAAGCACUGUUUUAUUGAGGUGGUUCUGAACCCCUGUACAUUUUUAAAACUGUAAGAAAAGUAAGAAAAAAUAAAAAGAAUAAAGUAGUAGUAUGUAUAUCAAAACCAGAUUUGGAUUUAGUUCCCUGAUGUUAUUCUCUGUUCUCCGAAAGUCCAAAUGGGUGACAACUAAGGAAUUUAUAAUUUAAAAAACCCCAACACUUUAAUUUGUGUUUUUUUGCUUUCCCUACAUCAUGUGUCUGUCAUUGUGUCUAAUAUUGUGUAUUGGUGAGGCAGGUUGAAGUGCCACUCAGAACUUUCCUCUAAUCUAGAUGAGCUUAUUUGGGGUUGAUAAUUACCCCAGAUUAAUACUCCAGAAAAAAUUUGAGAGGAAUUCCUUGGUACCUUUGUCUUUACCCCAUAUAUCUCAUAGUUGUUUAAACAGAUGAACCUAUUGCUUCCCUUCUGAAGACAACGGGUGAAAUUUUUAAAAGUGCUUAAGUGGUUUAGUUCUAUUUUUAAAAGAGUUUUAGGCAUUUUGGUGCCUACGUCUCAUUGAAAGAGAGUGAGAUUUAGGCUCCUAAGUGUCCAGAGUGGGUAAAAAUCUAUUUAAAAGAACUCAAAAUAAGAGUUUAUUUAAAUUAUUUUUUUAUUUUUAAAACCCUUUUUAAAAUGGCUUAUGUUAAGUCCUAAAUUUACUAUAAUCUAUUAAAAUAAUUUAAAUAAAUAAAAGAAAAAUGCUGCUUUAAUGAGCCCUCUUCAAAUUUUAAUGAGUUAAUGAGUUCAGGUUUUUUUUAUGAUACAGAGAAUCAGAUGGAAAAUAUCUCUAACUUUUGCAGUCAAUUUAGCUUUAUAAAGUCACAAUACUGCAUUCAGUAUCUAUAUUAUUUUUAAUCUUUGCAAUUGAGUGAAUGCUAGUAUUUACAUUUAGUUUCAAUUUCUGCUGAGCAGAAAAUCUUUUGCCUUAAUUACUUCUGUUUUCAGUUUAUCUAGCCGAUGAAGAGAAAAUAUUUUCUUCAUUUGGACUAAUUCAUUCAAAACUGAAAAACCAACCUGGAGUUGAAAAAACAGGAAAGCGUGUUUUCUUCCAAUUUAUGAAUUAAAAACCAGGUGUGAGAGAGAAUUAGAUCUAUUAAGUCUAGAAGUUGAAGGACAAGGGGCUAGAUUUUCAAAGGUAUUUAGGUGCCUAAAUAUGCAGAUAGGCUCCUAGUGGGAUUUUGAAAAGUACCUAACUAGGUUAGAUGCCUAUCAGCACUGUUGGCCCCCAGAUACCUUUUUUUUUUUUUUUUCCUGGUCACCAUAGGCCAGAUUUCUGACAAUUCACGAACUACAAUUUAUACUUCCUUUGUUAAAUACAUCUGUUAGUCUUAAAUGCAAAACCAAUUGAUAAACUUAUGUAUUCAGCACAUUGAAAGUAGUUUUGUUUUAUUGAUAAACAAUUUUUAAAUGUUUUUCUUGUUCAUUUUAAAAUUAAUUCCAAUUGCCAUCCAAAUGUAAAUCAACAUAAAUCUGGAGUAAAAAAUUAAUCUACUAAAAAAUGCAUCAUUAACCAUUUUCUAAUAAUAAGGAAAUAAUUAAGAAUAUGAAUAAAUGUAUGUUAAACUAUACAAUUGUUUAAAUAAGUGUGUAUAAAUACAUGGUAUUCUCCUGUUAGCAAAAAGUACCACAUUUAGUGUAAAGGUUAUAUUUAUUUGCAAAUCAAUAUGUUUUAAUGGUUGUACCAACCAAUGAGAACAAACCUUUCUUUAGGAAAAUGACUAAAGUAUAAAUGCAAAGCAGGGUUAAAAUCAAUGAUUUCUUGCUGAUGUAAAUAAUGA